AUGGAUGAAAAGGCUUUUGAUAUGGAAGCUGGAGAUAUUUGUGACUCGAAUAUUUAUCCAAUGGCUUUUAAUACAGUACCAAUGUUGUUGAUAGUGAUUACAGACAUGAUUAAAGGCGUAGGCUGGUAUUUGCUUUUGCUUGAUGGAAUUAUACUUGGAUUCUCCUUUAUACUGUUCUUUGCUUUUCAAUUUGACCCCUCUGAACUUUUUAUGGGAAUGACAAAUUUCCUUAAAUCUAAUCAUGACAUGUUUCAACCUCAAAUUACUUAUACCAUUAUUCAAGCAUUAUUUACACGCAUUAUACCACUUUUGAUUAACGUUUUAAUUGCAUUACUUUCUUUAAACGUUGAAGACACGAUGUAA